AUGACAACACUCCAUUCCCCAUCCCAUCUGCCUCCACUCAAGGACCGCCUCAAAGAGAUCUUCUCGACUUUUUUCAAGCUCGGCUACACAACAUUUGGCGGACCCGCCGCACAUAUCGGCAUCCUCUAUGGCGAAAUUGUAGAAAAGCGCAAAUGGAUUGCCAGCGAGCAGUUCACAGAACUCUUUGCGAUCUGCCAGGCGCUUCCUGGACCAGCCAGUACCGAACUCGCCUAUAGUUUGGCCCUUGUCCGUUCGGGCUUUUUGGCUUCUGUUGCUCCUGGAGCGAUUGUGAUGACAGUGGCAGGAAUAUUGAUUGGCGAUGUGAGCGAGACUAUCCCUCUUUGGGCAACCCGAUUGGAGCAAGGACUUGCAGCCGCCGCCGUCGGUUUGGUGGCAUUGGCAGCAUACAAGAUGUCGACCACUCUGGCAACAGAUAAACUGACCCGGAUUUUGGCGCUUAUCUCUGGAGGCGCCUCAGCAUUAUACACGGCCCCUUGGUUGCUGCCUGUUCUCAUGAUCGCUGGUGGAUUGACAAGCUGGAUCUUUGACGCCUAUUUGUUCCCGCUAUCGAAUGGAUGGAAAGAGAAACGAGCUCACCGGAAGGCACAGGGGGAAUUGGACGGAAAGAAGGAUGAUCUGGAGCAAGGGCACGUAACCAAUAAGGAGGCCGAAGCUACCGCAUCUGCGAGUACUGAAGAUCAUUCUGAGGUGGAUGCACCUGUCACCAUCAUCCAAAGUGCAAAUGCAGAUGCCGAAAAGACUCCCAGUGUUCUUGGCUCGAUCAGGAGCAGGAAUAAGGCCGAAGUUGCAACUUUGGAUGGGGUCAAAGGAGACCUCGCCCAGGAAUUCGAGCCUGAGAGCCAGUAUCGACCAUUGUUUACAUACUCCAAAAAACUGGGCUUUUUCUUCUUCCUCGUAUUCUUGGCCCUAUUGGUCGCAUCAAUUCUCGUCCGCGCGCUCGUCCCAGAAUCAACAACGGCAUCAUAUGGACACCUGACAGCAACCUUUUACUUCACCGGAUCCAUCAUCUUUGGAGGCGGACCUGUCAUCAUCCCACUCUUGAGAACCUACACUGUCGACUCUGGAUGGAUGAACGACAAGCAGUUCCUUGUUGGCCUGGCGUUGAUCCAAUCUCUCCCAGGACCCAACUUCAACUUCGCAUGUUUUCUGGGCGCAGUGUCGAUGGUUCGUGCAAACCAGAGCGGUGUUGUGGGCGCCAUCCUGGGAUACCUCGCCAUCUUCUUUCCAGGCCUGAUUUUGAAGAACGCCAUUAUUCCGUUUUGGCAGUCCGUGCGGGAACACAAGUCGGUCAAGAUGGUGUUUAGGGGUGUCAAUGCUUGCGCGCUGGGAUUGGUCUUUUCGGCCACUUGGCUGUUGUUUGACCAGACGAACGGAUUCGGAGGCAGCAGUGGGUACCAUAGUGUCAUUGCCAGUGCUGCAUUUGUGGCCAAUGGGUAUUUGGACUUUCCAGCGCCUUUGGUCAUCAUCUUGGGUGGCGCUAUGGGUGCCAUUGAAUAUGCUGUAGCCGACCUUUAA